AUGGCUCCUAUCGCUAUCUCCUCCCCCAACGUCACUUAUGACGCUAUUGACCACAUCAAGGCUGCGCUCAAGCAGACCAGCCUGAAUGGUUCAAGCGACCGCUCGAGCAAGUCGGCAUCCUCCUUUGAUCGAUACUCCAACUUCCAGUCCACACCUGCUAUCGGCAUAGAGUUCAGGGCGUACUCGCCAGACGGCAAGCCGGUGCUCAGUAUCCGGGACGUGCUUGGCAACGACGAGAGACUCAAGGCUCUUGGCCGGCUAGUGUCUGAGCGCGGAGUCGUCUUUUUCCGCGAUGCGGUCCUGUCCGCCGAGGAGCAGAAGGAGCUCAUCGAAGCUCUCGGCCGCGCUGGCGGUCGACCGGAGUCGAGCGGUCUGCACGUCCACCCUCUCACCCUCGGCGGCUCGGAGCUCGGCGACGAGAUCAGCGUGAUCAGCAACCGCUUCACGUUUGACAAGAAGUUUGGUCGGGAUGAUCGUCACAUCACACAGCGGGCGGUCGGCAGUACCUUAUGGCACUCGGACGUGACCUUCGAAAACAUCCCCUCCGACUACGCCUGCCUCCAAAUCCGCAAGUUCCCCGAAUCCGGCGGAGGCGAUACCCUCUGGGCGUCCGCUUACGAAGCCUACGACCGUCUCUCCCCCGGCAUGCAGCAGCUGCUCGAGGGGCUGACUGCCACCCACACCGGCGAGAAGUUUGUCGAGAUGGCGCGGCAGCGUGGAGAGCCUUUGCGCGAGAACAGGGGGUCGCCCGAGAAUGUGGGGCAGGAGCUGGUCGCGUGCCAUCCGGUGGUGAGGACGAACCCGGUCACGGGGUGGAAGGGGCUGUUUGUGAAUGGGGAGUUCACGAAGCGGAUUAAUGAGGUGACGCAGGGAGAGAGCGAUGCGCUGUUGGGAUUCCUCUUUGACCAUAUCACAGCCAACCACGAUCUUCAGGUCCGGUUCAGGUGGGAACCCAACAGUCUCGCCAUCUGGGACAACAGAUCUACCUUCCACGCUGCCACACACGAUAUCGACGCCGAGAUCCGGGAAGGCACACGCUCAGUCAGCCUCGGCGAGCGACCAUUCUUUGAUCCAGCUUCGAAGUCUAGGCGGGCGGCACUGGCGGAGGCUAAGAAGCAAUAG